AUGUCACAGCUCUCACAAAGAUGUGAAAGGGGUGGAGAUGAUGUGAGAGCGAUGGAGAGGGGAGGAGAGGAGGGGCAGAGGAAGGAGGGAGAGGAGGAGGAGGAAGAUGAGGAGGAGGAAAAGGGGGCGAGGGAGUCGCAGGAGGGGAAGAAGGCGACGGAGGAGAGGGAGGAGAGGGAGGAGAGGGAGGAGAGGGAGGAAGGGGAGGGGAUGGAGGAGGGGUAUGUGACGAUGGUGUUGAUGCCAGUUCCUGGAACCACAGGGGCAUGGCAUGGAUGGCGAUGCAUGGAUGAAGGGAUGGAGCCACUUACAAGCGAGGCGGAGGAAGCGGUUGAGAACGGUAUGAGGGAGAGCAGACGUGGAGUCAACAAACUCGUCGUGACCGAUGCAGUCGUGGUUGUAGCUUCAGGAGCUGACGUGGCAGGAGUGUGUGACGUGGCAGCAGCAUGUGACGUGGCAGGCAGUGAUGCAAUGGCUAAUGUGGAGGAGGACUCGGUGCAUGUGAAAGGCAGUGACUGGCUGCCACCCUCAGUGCAUGUGGAGGAGGACUCAGUGCAUGUGGAGGAGGACUCAGUGCAUGUGGAGGAGGACUCAGUGCAUGUGGAGGAGGACUCAGUGCAUGUGGAGGAGGACUCAGUGCAUGUGGAGGAGGACUCAGUGCAUGUGAAAGAGGACUCAGUGCAUGUGAAAGAGGACUCAGUGCAUGUGAAAGAGGACUCAGUGCAUGUGAAAGAGGACUCAGUGCAUGUGAAAGAGGACUCAGUGCAUGUGAAAGAGGACUCAGUGCAUGUGAAAGAGGACUCAGUGCAUGUGAAAGAGGACUCAGUGCAUGUGAAAGAGGACUCAGUGCAUGUGAAAGAGGACUCAGUGCAUGUGAAAGAGGACUCAGUGCAUGUGAAAGAGGACUCAGUGCAUGUGAAAGAGGACUCAGUGCAUGUGAAAGAGGACUCAGUGCAUGUGAAAGAGGACUCAGUGCAUGUGAAAGAGGACUCAGUGCAUGUGAAAGAGGACUCAGUGCAUGUGAAAGAGGACUCAGUGCAUGUGAAAGAGGACUCAGUGCAUGUGAAAGAGGACUCAGUGCAUGUGAAAGAGGACUCAGUGCAUGUGAAAGAGGACUCAGUGCAUGUGAAAGAGGACUCAGUGCAUGUGAAAGAGGACUCAGUGCAUGUGAAAGAGGACUCAGUGCAUGUGAAAGAGGACUCAGUGCAUGUGAAAGAGGACUCAGUGCAUGUGAAAGAGGACUCAGUGCAUGUGAAAGAGGACUCAGUGCAUGUGAAAGAGGACUCAGUGCAUGUGAAAGAGGACUCAGUGCAUGUGAAAGAGGACUCAGUGCAUGUGAAAGAGGACUCAGUGCAUGUGAAAGAGGACUCAGUGCAUGUGAAAGAGGACUCAGUGCAUGUGAAAGAGGACUCAGUGCAUGUGAAAGAGGACUCAGUGCAUGUGAAAGAGGACUCAGUGCAUGUGAAAGAGGACUCAGUGCAUGUGAAAGAGGACUCAGUGCAUGUGAAAGAGGACUCAGUGCAUGUGAAAGAGGACUCAGUGCAUGUGAAAGAGGACUCAGUGCAUGUGAAAGAGGACUCAGUGCAUGUGAAAGAGGACUCAGUGCAUGUGAAAGAGGACUCAGUGCAUGUGAAAGAGGACUCAGUGCAUGUGAAAGAGGACUCAGUGCAUGUGAAAGAGGACUCAGUGCAUGUGAAAGAGGACUCAGUGCAUGUGAAAGAGGACUCAGUGCAUGUGAAAGAGGACUCAGUGCAUGUGAAAGAGGACUCAGUGCAUGUGAAAGAGGACUCAGUGCAUGUGAAAGAGGACUCAGUGCAUGUGAAAGAGGACUCAGUGCAUGUGAAAGAGGACUCAGUGCAUGUGAAAGAGGACUCAGUGCAUGUGAAAGAGGACUCAGUGCAUGUGAAAGAGGACUCAGUGCAUGUGAAAGAGGACUCAGUGCAUGUGAAAGAGGACUCAGUGCAUGUGAAAGAGGACUCAGUGCAUGUGAAAGAGGACUCAGUGCAUGUGAAAGAGGACUCAGUGCAUGUGAAAGAGGACUCAGUGCAUGUGAAAGAGGACUCAGUGCAUGUGAAAGAGGACUCAGUGCAUGUGAAAGAGGACUCAGUGCAUGUGAAAGAGGACUCAGUGCAUGUGAAAGAGGACUCAGUGCAUGUGAAAGAGGACUCAGUGCAUGUGAAAGAGGACUCAGUGCAUGUGAAAGAGGACUCAGUGCAUGUGAAAGAGGACUCAGUGCAUGUGAAAGAGGACUCAGUGCAUGUGAAAGAGGACUCAGUGCAUGUGAAAGAGGACUCAGUGCAUGUGAAAGAGGACUCAGUGCAUGUGAAAGAGGACUCAGUGCAUGUGAAAGAGGACUCAGUGCAUGUGAAAGAGGACUCAGUGCAUGUGAAAGAGGACUCAGUGCAUGUGAAAGAGGACUCAGUGCAUGUGAAAGAGGACUCAGUGCAUGUGAAAGAGGACUCAGUGCAUGUGAAAGAGGACUCAGUGCAUGUGAAAGAGGACUCAGUGCAUGUGAAAGAGGACUCAGUGCAUGUGAAAGAGGACUCAGUGCAUGUGAAAGAGGACUCAGUGCAUGUGAAAGAGGACUCAGUGCAUGUGAAAGAGGACUCAGUGCAUGUGAAAGAGGACUCAGUGCAUGUGAAAGAGGACUCAGUGCAUGUGAAAGAGGACUCAGUGCAUGUGAAAGAGGACUCAGUGCAUGUGAAAGAGGACUCAGUGCAUGUGAAAGAGGACUCAGUGCAUGUGAAAGAGGACUCAGUGCAUGUGAAAGAGGACUCAGUGCAUGUGAAAGAGGACUCAGUGCAUGUGAAAGAGGACUCAGUGCAUGUGAAAGAGGACUCAGUGCAUGUGAAAGAGGACUCAGUGCAUGUGAAAGAGGACUCAGUGCAUGUGAAAGAGGACUCAGUGCAUGUGAAAGAGGACUCAGUGCAUGUGAAAGAGGACUCAGUGCAUGUGAAAGAGGACUCAGUGCAUGUGAAAGAGGACUCAGUGCAUGUGAAAGAGGACUCAGUGCAUGUGAAAGAGGACUCAGUGCAUGUGAAAGAGGACUCAGUGCAUGUGAAAGAGGACUCAGUGCAUGUGAAAGAGGACUCAGUGCAUGUGAAAGAGGACUCAGUGCAUGUGAAAGAGGACUCAGUGCAUGUGAAAGAGGACUCAGUGCAUGUGAAAGAGGACUCAGUGCAUGUGAAAGAGGACUCAGUGCAUGUGAAAGAGGACUCAGUGCAUGUGAAAGAGGACUCAGUGCAUGUGAAAGAGGACUCAGUGCAUGUGAAAGAGGACUCAGUGCAUGUGAAAGAGGACUCAGUGCAUGUGAAAGAGGACUCAGUGCAUGUGAAAGAGGACUCAGUGCAUGUGAAAGAGGACUCAGUGCAUGUGAAAGAGGACUCAGUGCAUGUGAAAGAGGACUCAGUGCAUGUGAAAGAGGACUCAGUGCAUGUGAAAGAGGACUCAGUGCAUGUGAAAGAGGACUCAGUGCAUGUGAAAGAGGACUCAGUGCAUGUGAAAGAGGACUCAGUGCAUGUGAAAGAGGACUCAGUGCAUGUGAAAGAGGACUCAGUGCAUGUGAAAGAGGACUCAGUGCAUGUGAAAGAGGACUCAGUGCAUGUGAAAGAGGACUCAGUGCAUGUGAAAGAGGACUCAGUGCAUGUGAAAGAGGACUCAGUGCAUGUGAAAGCUGACCUGAAAAGGAGGGGAGGAGAGCAAGUGGGGAGCACAAGGCCAUGGGUGAGUGAAUCUCCAGGAGCUAAGACUGCGCCUGACGUGGCUAGUGGCUUGCCUGACGAGGCCAGUGGCUGGCCUGACGUGGCCAGUGGCUGGCCUGACGUGGCUAGUGGCAUGCGUGACAUGGAAUCUUCGGGAUUAGAGAGUGGUGAUGAGUGA